CAGAAACAAUCAGCUUGAGAUGGUGGAUCUGCUGCUGAGGUUUGGAGCGCGUGUGAAUCAGGAGUGUGUGAACCGCAGGACAGCUCUCCAUGAGGCUGCCCGACUGGGUCUGACGGAGAUUCUGGAUCUGCUGAUGAAGAACGGAGCUCACGCUGAUCCUCGCAGCUCUUUCGGCCUCACACCGCUGGCUUUAGCAGCACAGGCCGGAUACCUGGACAUCAUGAGGACACUAAUACACAGAGGUGCUGAUGUGGAGUCUCAGGCUCAGGAUUGCGCAACCAUCUUGUUUGAGGCUUGCAUUUCAGGAAACCCUGACGUGAUUUCAUUACUGCUGAAGUCCGGCGCAGACGCAAACGUCCCCAAACACACGGGACACCUGCCCAUCCACAGAGUAGCUCACCGCGGACACCUCAAGGCCCUCGCUCUCCUGAUCCCCGUCACAUCGUGGGAUGCAGUGGACGACAGCGGCAUCAGUCCUCUUCAUUCAGCCGCCGCCGGUGGACACACACACUGUCUGGAGAUGCUCCUCAAUGCCGGAUACGACCCAAAUUUCAUGCUCCACCCAUGGGUCCGGCGCAGCUACGAUGAUAAGCGUCAGUCGGCACUGUAUUUCGCCGUUUCAAACGAUGAUGUCUCCUCUGCAAGAGUCCUUCUAGAGGCCGGAGCCAUGCCCAACCAGGACCCGGUCAAAUGUCUGCAGGUGGCGCUGCGUCUGGGUAACCACGAGCUGAUUCAGCUACUGCUGCGAUACGGUGCCAAUGUAAAUUAUUUCUGCCGGGUGAACACCACACACUUCCCCUCGGCGCUGCAGUACGCGCUGAAGGAUGAGCUGGUGCUGCGGAUGCUGUGUAAUUUUGGCUAUGAUGUGGAGCGAUGCUUCGACUGUCCGUAUGGAGAAGGGUCGCAUGUGCCAUGCGGAUAUGAGGGCUGGACUGAUACCGUCAUCAAAGACACUCUGUUUUGUGAGGUGAUUUCGGUCUCCUUUUUGAAGCAUCUCUCGGGGAGUGUCGUGCGCAUCAUGAUGGAUUACGUGGAUCAUGUGAAAUUCUGCUCCAAAUUGAAGGCUGUGCUCAUGGAGCAAAGACAGUGGGCUGAGAUCUGCCACUUUCAAGAGAAUGUGCGAUGUCUGCAGCAUCUCUGUCGGCUGAAGAUCAGGGCUUGUUUGGGUCGACUGCGUUUAAGAGCUCCCAUUUUCAUGAGUUUUCUUCCACUGCCGGAGAGACUGAAACAUUACAUCCAGUACAGGGAAUAUGAUCUGUACGGUCAGAAAUGCCAAACGCAGAGCAAAUGAGCCAGAGCAACACACAUAAUCACGGCUGUCCACUAUAUAUACAUGUUUAUUAUUAACAUAUAUUGACAGUGUCUUAAGGAGGACCUUAUGGCUCUUUGUUCAAGGUGUAAAAUAAGUCUCUGAUGACUCUCAGA